AUGUUUGUUGUUCCUGUGAAACGCAUCAAGGACGAGUCAAAGGAUCUUCCAUUUUUUCAAACUUCUGAAGCAUAUGCUCGGAUUAUGUCUUACAUUCUUGCGCUCAACACAGCUGUUUUGGACCGCAAAGUAUCAGAUCCCUUACCAGAGUCAGAGUCUAUUCAAAAAAUAUUAACACUCUUGGAAACCUUGGACAGUUGGAUCGCCCUCGUUCCUCUCAAAUCAGAUCCUCAACGGUUCGGAAACCUCGCGUUUCGGGAUUAUAUCCGGAUGGUGGAACAAAAGACCACAUCACUUCUUGAGGAACUCUUGCCUCCUUCUUUACAUCUCGCUGUCCCCGAAAUCACUCCUUAUCUGACUCAAAGUCUAGGUCAUGGGACUCGAAUCGAUUAUGGAUCAGGACAUGAGUUAUCGUUCGUGGCCUGGUUAUGCUGUUUAGAAAUCAUUGGCUUUCUUCAUCAAAGGGACCAUCCAGCGGUCGUCUUGCGGGUCUUUGUCCGUUAUCUGGAAUUGGUCCGCAAGUUACAACGAACCUAUCAGUUGGAGCCCGCUGGUUCUCAUGGUGUUUGGGGGUUGGAUGAUUAUCAGUUCUUACCUUACCUCUGGGGGAGUUCCCAGCUGAGGGAUCACCCUACUUUAAAACCUAUUUCUAUCAUGAAAGUCGAAAACUUGAAGGCCUAUGCUCCAGAUUACUUGUACUUUAGAGCUAUUCAGUUCAUCCAUGAGACCAAGCGAGGACCCUUUCAUGAACACUCUUCGGUAUUGUUCGAGAUUUCGGGUGUGCCCCAUUGGGCCAAAGUCAACUCAGGCAUGAUCAAGAUGUACAAGGCUGAAGUUCUCAACAAAUUCCCGGUCGUACAACAUCUACUCUUUGGUGGCCUCUUGCCUUGGAGAGCUGCUGAUUCACCUCCUGAUGAUCAGACUGCUUCAGCCACAUCAACAACAGUACCUUCCUCAGUUCUUUCCACAGCACCCACUUCAACAACGCCUUAUCUCAUGUCAUCACGUCCAAAUAUGCCACCGCCUUCUACAAGACCCUUGAUGCCAUCAGCAGUGCCUCGAUGA